AAGACAUAGCCGGAGACCAUCAAGCCUAGACAUUUUAGUAGACUUCCUGGUUUAUUUCUAAGAAGAUUCUUGAAAUGGAAGAAUAAAAGAAGACACUUUAAAUCUGUUACACGGGAACAAGUGAUACAGUUGGUCUAUUGUACAGUAAUACAGCAGCAUACUGUGAACAAAUUUAUUAAAAUGGGCAUGAUUAUACUUUUUGGUCUCUGCUCCAGCAUGGGGAUCUGGUCCGGAAUAUCUCCCAUACCUGCCAGCUCAGUCAUGAUAUUAUUUCUAGUGAAACAGGCCAAAGGAUCUCUGCUGGAAAAAACAACUACUGGAUGGAAUAAAUACAAACAGGAAUGUCUGAAAAUGCUACAGGAAUCAACUGUAGGUACUGGAAUACGUUGUAAUGGGACUUUUGAUCAGUUUGUUUGCUGGCCAUACUCAACCCCAGGAAAAGUAUCUGUUCCUUGUCCUUCUUAUUUGCCAUGGUUGGAAAAUGGAAGUGCAGGAAACGUAUACAGAGUCUGCUUAGAUGAAGGAACUUGGCAAACAAAGGAAAACUCCACAGACAUUUGGCGUGACAGUUCAGAAUGUUCUGAGAAAAAUAAUCUCCAAAAAAAUGAAGAAGAACAUAAAUUACUUACCACACUACAGUUGUUAUACACCAUAGGAUAUUGUUUUUCUCUCAUCUCACUUGUCUUAGCUCUCCUUAUUCUUUCUUUACUCAGAAAACUUCACUGCACAAGAAACUACAUCCAUAUGAAUUUAUUUGCAUCUUUCAUCUUGCGUGCCACAGCCAUUCUUAUUAAAGACACUGUACUUCACAAGAUUUACUCCAAAAGACCAAAUGAUGAAACUGGAUGGAUAUUAUACCUCAGUCCUGAGAUUUUAAUCAUUUGCAGAGCCGCUCAGUUUUUCAUGCACUAUUUUGUUGGAGCAAAUUAUUUUUGGCUAUUAGUAGAAGGAAUUUAUCUGCAUACAUUAUUGAUUACUGCUGUACUCUCAGAAAGAAGACUGCUGCAGACAUACAUAGUGAUAGGAUGGGCUGUUCCUAUUCUGUUUGUCGCCCCCUGGGGAAUAAGCAGAUCAAAACUAGAGAACACAGGGUGCUGGGGAACAAAUGAACACAUGGGAAUCUGGUGGAUCAUCCGAGGACCGAUGUUGUUUUCCAUUACAGUUAAUUUUGGCAUCUUCUUAAAAAUUCUGAGGAUGUUGAUUUCCAAACUAAAAGCCCAGCAAAUGAGCUUUCAUGACUACAAAUACAGACUGGCAAGAUCUACACUUGUGCUGAUUCCAUUGCUGGGGAUCCAUGAGUUCAUAUUUUCCUUCAUCACUGAUGAACAGGUGGAAGGAUUUCUAAGACAUGUAAGACUUUUCAUUCAGCUGACAAUGAGUUCAUUUCAUGGUUUUUUUGUAGCAGUUUUAUAUUGCUUUGCAAACGGAGAGGUAAAAGCCGAACUCCACAAGCAGUGGUCCCGCUUCCUGCUGGCAGAACCCUUUGGUCGUAAACUCUGCUUUCUUGGGCAAAACAUCAAAUACCUCAGGAAAUGUUCACAGAAGGAGAAAAAACAACACUUGAGCAGCAACCACUUGUGCCUGGAGGUGAGUGAGCCCUGGGACAUGAAGCUCCAGCAGGUGCUGGCAAAGCAGAGGGCAGUUCCAUGCACAGAGCUGGGCCAUGCGCUUCCAUCUCGUCUGCGGGCAAGUGUGUCAGACAGCAGUGAAGGAGAAGUGACCACUGGAGAGACAACUGAGGAGGUAGUCUUUGAAGAAAGUGAGAUCUAGAAAGAAGUCCACUAGGAUAGCACCUUCCAACAGCCACAGUAUUUCAAAAGAUCCUCUUCUUUUAUCUCCAGGCUGUACAGAUCUCUGUUAUGUGCAAUGCAGAGAAAAAGCAGUCCUACUUCCUGCCAGCCUCAGCUGUCCCACCUCAACUGCCUGGGAAAAAUCUGAAUGUUCCUAACCUGUGUGGCUGGGGAGGAAGAGGUUCAUCAAAAAAUCCUUUGGGUUGACCAAUAGAGAUAAUAACAUGCUGAAAGGGAUGUACACAAACAACUAGUUCCAGGUUAACCCAGAUGCAUUUUAUUUAAGCAAUAUGACAUAUAAAAAGGCUUGGAAUGAAGUGAAUUUUGGCUUGAAUGCUUAAGCUUCUUCCCUUAUUGUCUAGUGCUGGAACUGUCUAUAUGAAGUGACAGAUCAAAAAGUACUUGUUCUUUUUUAAAUGCCCAAAUGAAACAUUUUGACAGAAGUGUUUAUUUUUGUUUUCACUAUUUUUCGGUGCAAACCACACAUUCUGAUACAUCUGCACGUUACCCUACCUGUCCCGAAGACAUGCGUUAUGACUGGCCUAAAUAACAAAACAGAUCAGUGGGAAGUGCUGCUUCUACCUUCCCCCUAAGGUACCCAGCAUGGAUAAUGGUUAUCUGAUUGUGUCUGCAUCGAAAGAUAAUUGUAAAAUUUAUCCACUAGCAUUUAAAGAGUUGUGAUGAAAUUUCCAUUGUCAUACACAGCUCACCUGAAGACCUGAGGAAUUCAGGUUUGUUAAUAUCUAUCUGAUGAGCCAGCCUGCAAACUUGCCAACACAAGCCAUGUGGCAUACUGAAAGGAGAAAGAAAAAGGAAAAAAUAAGGUUUAGCAAAUAAGAUUUAUCUAUAAAUCUAUACUCUAGGCACACGCACUGUAAUUACCGAGCCAGCAGCAAGUUACAUAGCAUUUGUCAUGAUUAUCUCCUGUACUUUGCUGGCAAACACUCUAAGUGUUUGCAAAUGUAAAAAAACACAGCAGAUGUCCCCUAAGGAAAGUUCAUUAUCUCCUGUACUUUGCUGGCAAACACUCUAAGUGUUUGCAAGUGUAAAAAAACACAGCAGAUGUCCCCUAAGGAAAGUUCAGAUCUGCCAAUGGGCUCUGUUCUCCCAUCUUUCCUUCCCACCAGGUGCCAACACUGCAGCUACUCUCCUGGCUUUCCCUGCCCCUGCAUCUCCCCACAGUGCUGCUCUGUCCCCAGACCUCUGCUGACACCUUUAGAAAUGGCACGUCUUGGAGAGAAGUUGCCUGUAUCUUCUAUCUGUUGUUUGAGCAGAUUCAGUUCACAUAGGUUAUAAAACUUACCAGUGUCACCUGCUGUGAUAUACUGCUUUCGUGCAGAGGUCAGAUAAGUUCACUGACAAGUGCCGGACAAAGAACACUUUUGAACUAUCCAAUUUCUGGUAGUUUUCAAAAAAGUAAUUCUUUUAUAGUUUUAUCAAAGUUAAAAAUUUAGUCUCUUUGGUAUAUGUAGAUAACAUAUUAUCAAAAAGUAUAUAUUUGAUCAGUAUGAAAGUAUAUUCUCAGUUUUUAAGGGCUUUUUUCCUAGAAUGUCUGUUUUGCUUAUAGCAUUUUAAUGCAAUGGAUUACAGGCACCUGACACUACAUAUCUGCUUCUCAAAUUCUCUCAAAUUUAAAGAUUGACUUCUUCCAGAGAUAUUGUUUGUGCUAUUAAAAAGCCUUCAGCAGUUUAGAAUGCAUUCUACACAGGUGCUAAAAAUGUGAACUCUGUAAGAAAUGUAUUGUAUCUCAGUAAAGUACCUUUUUUUUUUGUUUCCAUUUCAAAUCUUCACAAAUCCUCUACUGUGCUAAGCGUCAAGGUGGUUUGGAGUACGUUCAUAGUCAGUCUCCAAGCCGCACAGAAUAGCUGCAAGAUGCAGCUGCUUGUAAGCCAUGUCAUUGCAGUUAUCUUCAGGAAAUUAAAUGGGAGCUGCCACACCAUCAGGCUAGAUCUGUCGGCUCAGCUUCUUCUUGUGUCAUGUUCAUCACAUUCAGUGGUUAUUUUCUCCCCACACAACUAAAUUCCUGUCAGUAUUUAAAAGGGGAUUAUAAACAGGAGGUGAACCAACUUUUUACAUGGGUAGACAGUGAUAGGACAAGGGGGAAUGGCAUUAAGCUCUAGGAAGGAAGGUUUAGGUUGGAUGUCAAUGGGAAGUUCUUCACAGGGAGAGUGGUGAGGUGCUGGAACAGGCUGUCCAGAGAGGCUGUGGAUGCUCCAUCCCUGGAGGUAUUCAAGGUGAGGUUGAAUGGGGCCCUGGGCAGCAUGGUCUGGUACCAGAUUUGGAGGUUGGUGGCCCUGCCUGCAGCAGGGGGUUGGAAUUUGAUGAUACUUGGGUCCUUUCAACCCAAGCCAUUCUGUGAUUCUAAAACUUGCUGUUUUACCCCAUUCAGUUUUCUUUACCUCCUCUGGAGGCAGCACUGAUUUUAAGCCCAGCUGAAUAUGCAGACAGCAGCAAGCAGCAGCCUCGGGCUGCUCCCCGUCCCUUCAGGACUGCCCUCCUCUUGCAUAGCUGAGUCUCUCUGGGGCUGACUGAGAUUCAUGUGUACACAACAAUCCUUUUAAACUCCUGUUUGAUUUUACAGUGUUCCACAUAAUUCCAUUCCUCACAGCAAGGUUCUUUCCCUGCCUGGAGAACCAUAUCGUUGCCAAAGAUGAGGCAUGACUUGCAGGGAUUGUGCAAUCCAACUUUGUCUGGCCCUAACCACAGGCACCACGUGGACUGUAUCAGCGGCAGAGAUGAAGCAGGCUGCCAGAGUGAUGCUGGCUUCUUUCUUCCCUUUCACUUCUCACAUCCAGUUGCUCCUUCCUCUCCUCUGUGCUUCAGGGCUGGUUCUUAGGUUUCUCUGUAUAGCGCUUUGGGAUUGCAGUCUCAUUUGCAGCAGUUCUCUCUUCAGGAAGACAGUGAAGCUUAGCAAAGGAGGAGCUGAAUGCUGCCUAGUGGAGCUAAAGAAAACAAGAAGACAAUUUCUCCAGGGCUUAUUCUUCACAUUUUCCCUGCCUCCUUUGUUUUGCAUCCCCAUCUCUUGCAGAUAGCCAGAGCUUAGGGGUGAGAAAAGCAAAAGGCAUUUGUAUGUACAGUUGUCAAUAUGUGGUUUAAGCACACUUGUGUGUGAAUUCACAGUGAGCAGAGUACUGGGUCUCAGUAUGUUUGCAUUUUACAGAUGAUGACUUCUACCUCAAGCUUUGAAAAAUUCAUGUCAGCUCUCUGUUCUUCAGUUUGCCCUGUGUGGAACAGAGGUAACCAUGAUGACUGGUUGUUCAUAGCAAGGGAAUAAUGGGGUUAUCACUGCUUUCUAUUACUCCAAUCCAUAGUGUCAGAGAUUCACACAAGAAGUGUAAAUGUACAAAGACAGGCUAAAACAUAGCACUUUUGUUUAUUUAAGUUUGCUCUAUAUCUUCUUGUUUCCAGGCCAAUCCUCUUCUGGGUGUCUUGAUACAAUUGUAGUAGCAGUCUUCUAGUGGCAUCCUUGAAGACAGAAGGGGAAAGUAUGCUGAUAACUGUUUAGGAUUAGCAGCUAUGAGGGGCAGUAAGGCAGCAGUAAAGGCAGAGCACGAGUACUCUAAUCUGUGCCUUAUAAACACUAAAACUUUAAGCUUUGAGAAUUUGUGAACACAGACAAGAAUCUGAGAAAGAGAUUCCUCUGUGGCUCAAAAAUGGCUGUAUGCUCUGAGUAGAGCAAAGCAGGACCUUUAGCUCUGUUCACUUCUCCAGCUAUGCAGAAUGGGAAGGAGAACUGAAAAGUUGCCCAGCCUAAAAAGUUUUCCCUCAUUUUCACAUUUGAGUGUCACUGGACUCAAAGCUCCACAAUAGAUGAGGUCACAAAGAGUAACUGCCUUAAUUUUCUUCUUAAUCAAUACAAUAAAUUGCACUGUAAUUGCUUUGAUAUUUGCACAGCGGGAGAUGUUGCAUUCUACCUCCCACUCUUCUACAGUCCAAGAAGUCAUGUGCCAGAUGUCAGCCUCCAUGUAUGAAGUUUAUAGAACGCUAUCUUUCACUCCUACCCAACCUCCCAUCACCUGCACCAGCAGUGACAUGGAGCUGCUGAGCUUCCUGGGGCUCAGCACCAACAGAACUGUCCUGGAGGGUUCCCAUCAGCCGACCUUGGAAUCCUGAGUUGUCACACUAGCAGACAGCUGCUCUGCACUGCAUGGCUACUCCAGCAAAACCUUCAUGGGUCUUGCCAGGGGGAAGGUUUAGAGGGCUCCUACCCCCAGCAACUUUUGUUGCUGCCUUGCAGCACCACUCAUCUUCCAGACAGCAGCUGAGAGGUUCCCCCUGCAGCCCUGGAGUGCUCUUGGCUUUUUAAUCCCUUGUUAUUCUUCUGGAAUGUGCUAAGGGGAACUUGGAGAUAUAUUAGAUGUGGAAAUCCCCUGCAGUCAGGGCAUUCAGGAGAGCAUACUGGGGCUGCCCCUCUGGCUUUGCACAAGGUGGGGGUGGGGAUGUGGCCCUGCUAGGGCUAGAGUGGGAGCGAGAAAAGCAGCAGGUAAGACUGAAGAAGUGCUGGAAAUGAAGAAAGUGAAUUUGUGGAGGGGAUUUAUGGGAUUGAGUUCUCCAGGAACAGCGGAUGUAUGAUAAGAAAGAUUGUGUUCAGACGGUAAGGGUGCAGGAGUGGAGAGGGGGAGGUGGCAGCUGAGGUAAUUUGGGGACUAAUUGUAUUAGCAAUUCAAGGAAGAGUGGAGGAGGCUGGAUGGGAAGAUGGCACUGGAUGAAAAAUGCUUUGAAAAGCAAAUGACUGGGGCAGGCAGGGAAGAAUACGGCAGUGAGCCAUCAGAUUGUGGGCAGACUACAGGAGGCAAAUAGCAGUCUCCUUCAUACCAGCAUUGUGACAACAAAUUAACCUGGACAGUUGCAGGCGACAUCACUGUGCUUUGCAGCUGUUUUCUUCAAAAUGCCACGGGAAUUUUCUGUGAAUUCAGAAAUCAACUCAUGGGAGAAAACAUUUGGAAGAGGAAGAAUCAAAAUGCAUUUCAGUAUAAAGCUUUCGUCUCACACCCUUCCCUGAGAAACCAGUACUUUCUGAUCACUGUCCAAGCCAAGAUACUGGGUUGUUUAGUUUUGGCCUAGUAUAAAUUUUUAUUUUAUUUACUUUCACCUUAAAUGAAUCACAAUCCAGCAUCAUUUCCCCCUUUAUAUAUGUUUGCCAGAAAGUGAAGGGGCAGUAAAAAGCGUUCCUGAAGCCUGAACUUGUAAGCAAAGGAUCACUGCAGCCACACUGCAGAGGUUAGCUUAAAUAUAGGUAAGUAGCUGAUUCAGGAAGAGCAUUCUCAUCUCUUGCAGAGGACAGAAGCAAAUGACAGAGUCGUAAAGCAUUUGCUAAGUCUACAAAAAAUCACAGGUCUGUAAAUAUGCCGACUGUAAUUUAUGCUGUAGCUGUGGGAGACGGACCGUCCGCUUUUCUGCAUUAUAAAACAGGAAGUCAAAUUAAAUCAGAGCCAGAAGUUCUCAUCUACCUUCAGGGACCUGAAGGGAAAAAAGAACAUAAACAGAGCAUGCGGUGUAUCCAGCAAAUCUGAACUGUUUGUCUCUACAAUAAAUACUUCACAAGUGCAUGUUUGUAAUUUUUUCCUUUAUUUGUAUAAGGGCUGAGACAGUAAUUUAGACAAGAAAGAUUCUUUGAGUAAGAAAUGUGACAUUAGUAUGUCCAUGGUUUGACUCCAGAUAGAAGAACCUGACUCCCAAAACUUCAUUCAUGUGUGGUCAUAUUCAGUGUAAGGUCUACAAACAGCCCUCCCUGGGCCAUUGUGUCUUGACCUUUUAGUUUCAGAAACUGCAAUAGUAUUUAAUGAAACCAUGCAAGAGCAAUGAUAGUUGGCACCUGUAUAGCAAACCUGGAAAGAAUAUUAGAGCUGUGUUAAACCAUUUACAUUAAUUUUGCACGUUUUGCUUUUAAGGGACUUAUGAAGGGCAUGUGUCAGUAAAACCUCACGAACACCUUCAGUCUGUUUUGCCUAUAGAGGAAGUUUUCUGUUCUUCAUUUGACUAUCAGCAUUAGUAAUGACUGGUCCUGUUCUACAAUCUUGUACGAAUUCCUCCACAAGCACUGCAAAUCACUGUGGGCAUCUCUGCCUGUCUGCAAGCUGAUUUGUUUCUCUGUCCAUUGUAAGCUCUGCAGAACAGAGUUGUCUCCUCUUGUACUUAUCCAGUGACCAACAGGUGGAUGAAAACAGGUGAAUCCUGGGAGACUGACUUCUUAUACAGUCUGACAGUGAUAGAACAAGUUUUAAACUAAAGGAGGAGAGAUUAAUGUUGGAUGUGUGGACGAAAAUCUUUACUCAGAGGUGCUGAGGCCCUGGCACUGCUGCUCAGAGAGCUGUGGGUGCCCCAUCCCUGGAGGUGCCCAAGGCCAUGGAUGGGCCCUGGGCAGCCCGACGUGGAGGGGCAGCCAGCCCAUGGCAGGGGCAGUAUGGGGGCUCUGAGAUCCCUUCCAACCCAACCAUGCUGUGACUGGCUUUUGUCAUCCACCCAGCAGCAAAGGUGUUGGGUGUGUUGAUGUUUCCAAGAGUGUAGCUCUCUGUGGUACAAAGGUUGAUUAUCCCUUCUCCCAAGAUGCAAGCUAUGCCCUACCCCUUCAGAAAAUACUCAUGUUGUUCCACCACUGCUCUGCCCUGGGAGACUUUAGCUGAUGUACCUCUGCAUGAAAAAAAAAAUAAAAAAAAUCAGGAUUUGGAGAUUAAGGCAGAGCUGCUGUACUGGAAAUACGGUAUGCAAUGCAGCUGCCAGUGUGAUGUUGCCCUGUGCUGACCAUAUCACACAUCAAGGUCAUACAGAAAAGGAUGCAGUUAGAAAAGUCCCCUCCUCUUUCCUUUUUCCAUUCCAAGUCAGGAUACACAGCAAGACUAUAAAUUCUGGCAAAGAACAAGGAUGAGUCAAUAUGACAACACCACCAGAUAUUAACGAGCAGGCAGCUGACACAUGCAGUUAAGAUGUGUGGCUUGUUGUGCUUCCAGCCCUGUGUCUCUGCAUGUUCCGUCAUCACCAGUCCUGAUGAUAGAGCUGGUGAUCUCUGCACAGCUACAGCUUCCUCAGUUUGAAUCACAGUAAGGCAAAAAGAGACACACUGACAUCCAGUGUAAGAGACGGAAACAUGCACUUCAAAAACCAAAACCUGCAAUUUUAGAGGCAGAGAUGGUACAGAACUGUGAGGGAGAGCCAAAGGGCCCCCCCCCUCAGGUAUUCCUGGAGUUCCCCUCGGGGAGCAAGCUGCUUGUAGGGAAUUCUGUGGGAAACCUAUGCUGGGCACACCACAUCCUAUCAUUUAAAAAUAAAAACCCAGCAACAGUUUCCUCCAUGUUCACAAGAAUUCUCAGAGUUGUGUUGGGUCUUUUUUCUGUCAGUGGGACCAGUGGUCAGUGUCUGGACCAUAUGCCCAGACACAGCAGCACAGAAAACAUGUUGUUCUUAAGUUGCCUCACAAUUAAACUGCUCUGAAAUUCUGCCUUCAGUAAGACUGAAUCCGCAGGGACACAGGAACCAUGCACAAACAGAAUGAAGGUUAUGUGAAGAGCAGCACCCAGAGCAGGACCUGGCUCAAGCCUCUGGAGUGUGUGCAGCUCUGAUUUCAAUCUAAAUAUUUACAAAUACUAAGUAGUUAUCUGGCGAGUUCAAGAUUGU